UGAUGAGAAAGAAAGAAAAAGAAGGGGUCGUCCGUUUCACAAUCUAAAAACCUAAGAAAUCCCUGAUCCCUCUCUUUCCGAAGAAAGAAGAGAUCGGGUAAUGGCGGCGGAGAAUUCAAGUUCGAAAUCGGCUUCAACGGCUGAUUCCUACAUAGGGAGCUUAAUAAGCUUGACUUCCAAGAGUGAGAUCAGAUACGAGGGCGUUCUUUACAACAUCAACCCGGACGAGUCCAGUAUUGGAUUAAGAAACGUACGAUCAUUUGGAACUGAAGGAAGGAAAAAGGAUGGUCCGCAAGUACCCCCGAGUGACAAAGUCUAUGAAUACAUAUUGUUCCGUGGGAGUGACAUUAAGGAUUUACAGGUUAAAUCUUCACCACCUACACAGCCUACCCCACCCAUAAACAAUGAUCCUGCAAUUAUCCAGUCUCACUUUCCACACUCAGUUUCAACAACUACAAGCAUGCCAUCUGCUGCUAGUGGACCUUUGACUGAUCUUACUUCACACAACACUCAAAUGGGAUUAGCGGGGUUUAAUUUUCAAGCAGCACUACCUCUAUAUCAACCUGGUGGGAACAUAGGGUCAUGGGGUGCAUCACCUCAACCUCCAACUGCUAAUGGUAGUGGGCUUGCUAUGCCCAUGUAUUGGCAAGGAUACUAUGCCCCCCCAAAUGCGCUUCCACAUUUGCACCAGCAAACUUUGCUUCGGCCAUCACCAGGACUGUCAGUGCCUCCUUCAAUGCCGCAACCAAUGCAAUAUCCUAAUUUUAAUGCUUCUUUGCCUGCUGGCUCUGCUAACUUACAUAGUUCAAGCUUGCCUGAAAUUCCUCCUUCUUUACUUCCUACCAGUACGAGUUCCCACAUGUUAACAUCUUCUUUAUCAUUUGCCACUUCAUCUUCUCUGCCUCCUGCACCCUCUGCUACGCUGGCAUCAGAAACCUUGUCUGCUUCCUUGACGAGUCCCUCACCUCCUCCAGCUACACUCAGUGCCAGCUCGCCAGCACUUGCUCCUUUGACGAGUUCUAGUCCAGAAUUAAAUUCCAUUGCACCACCAAUUGCCAACAAACGAAGUGAAAUUCCUACUUUGCCAUAUCAAAGUGCUUCUGAGGUUGCAUCCUCUGUCAUCGGGGUUUCAAAUUCUAUUCAUGUGGAAACAUCUACACCAUCAUUGGUAACCCCUGGUCAGCUCUUGCAGUCAGGAUCUACUGUUGUUCCUUCAUCUCAGCCUGCAGCAACUGCACAUAAAGAUGUGGAAGUGGUUCAAGUGUCCUCAUCAUUAUCGCCUGAACCAUCAGUACCUGUUGUCUCAGAAGCUCAGCCUCCAUUAUUGCCAUUACCUGUUUCUUCACAUGUUGCCCCAAAGCCAAAUGGAGCUUCCUUUCAACCUCGCUAUGGUUAUAGAGGAUAUGAAAGAGGAAGAGGAAGAGGAACUGGGAGUUCACGUCCAGUGACAAAAUUUACUGAAGACUUUGAUUUUGUGGCAAUGAAUGAAAAAUUCAAGAAAGAUGAAGUAUGGGGUCAUCUUGGUAACAGUAGCAAAUCUCAUACUAAGGAUAAAGAAGCAGAUGCCGUUGAAGAAUAUGGUUCUCAAGAUGAAGAUGAUGCUGAAAUAUCUAAGAUUCAAACGAAGCCUGUUUACAAUAAGGAUGACUUUUUUGAUACUCUCUCCUGCAAUGCACUUGAUAGUGACUUGCAAAACGGAAGGCCGAGAUUCUCUGAGCAAAUGAAGUUAGACACAGAGACUUUUGGUGAUUUUUCAAGACAUCGAGGUGGACGUGGACGUGGGCGUGGACCUGGACGUGGACGUGGUGGUCGUUUUCGUGGUGGGUAUUAUGGAAGAGGGUAUGGAUAUGUGGGGAGGGGUCGUGGGUAAGACAUGCAUUUGCAUGCUCCAUAGUUGUGCUUGAUGUUUGAAAAUCUUUACGGCUGUUAGCGGGCCAUGUGAAAUUGUUCUCUUUUAUUUGAAAUGUUACAAUGCACGGUCAAAACCAUCCGGCCUGGCAAACAUCGGAUUUAAAUAGGGCUAUGCUCGGAAUUUGUUCUCUUUCUUAUUUCUCCAGAAAUAAAAAAAAGUAGGCAAUAUUUUUACUA